AUGGACUCGUCAUCUAGACGGAUACAGCAAGAACAGCGAAGGAAGGAAGAACUGCAGAGGCAGAUUGAGAAACUCCAGGCAGAGCUAUCGAGUCUGCCUGAGGGAGAAAUCGUCGCUGCGCCCAAGUCUUCGCCCAAGAGGAAGAAGCCUGAGCCUACUGUUCUGGCACCAGCAACUCCAUCUCCAAGAAAGAAACGCAAGGUCGAACAGGUACCCAAAGGUGGCCCGAUAGCCAAACCACUCUUCCAACCAGCGAGCAAGCUGAACACAAGUUCGACUCGCCGUCCUGAAGCAUCGAAGUCAAAGAAUGUCAAUCCUCCAAUACUACAGCGGCCAAAACCAUCGAACCUGCUGCAGAAACUGGCUCAGGUCAAGUCAGAACCUGAGGCAGAAGAGUCUGAGCCUGUGAAUCGAACAACGUCGUUCGAUGACCGGCCUGAACCCCCACCAGAGGCGGGACCUAGCUCUGUCGGAGCGAAGCGAGAUGAGAGGCUCAUGCUGGUGGACGACUUUGAGAUGGGUCCAUACGAGUUUACGCCACCUCUGGACGACCCGCAUUUUGAGAAACUAGAACCUCAUUCGAAUAUUGCUUUGAUUUCCCGCAACCUAUCGCACGCCGACUUCUCAGAGCACCUCGAAGGCCGCUAUUAUAUCUCCCCAUCCAGGCUCUACUCUUCCAUUCGACUUUUACCCGACAAACAAGGCUAUGAUAUCCCAGUGCCAGGCGACUGGGUUACCAUCGCCGUCGUCGCCGAACGCAGCCCAGUGCGCUACACCAAAGCACCUGUCACACUCGGCCCAGACGAGGACGCCAUCGACCCCAAAAGCAAGUGGAAAGCCGCAAAGAAGGAAGCGGCAGCAGAAGGCCCCAAGAAGCCCCACGGCAAACAGUUUGUCAAUAUGAAGCUGAUUGACUUUGGGGCUCGGACCAAGUCGAGUGCGACGGGCGGCAAGGCGGUGGUGAGGGGUGACGCGUUUUUGUCGUUGUUGCUGUUCCAGGCGGAUUCGGUGGAGACGAUUGAGCAUGUGGAUGGGACGAAGGAGAAGAUGUAUCGUGGAGGGAGUAAGGGUGCUUUUGAAAUGCUGGAUAAGCUGCGCCCCGGGGAUGUGAUUGCGUUGCUUAACCCGAAGAUCUUGAAGCCGUACCAGAAAUCGGCAGACAAGCCUCACCCGGUGGACAACAUCCUGGCUGUGACACCCGAGUCUGCGUCCUCCGUGGCGAUCUUAGGCAAGGCCAGGGACCUUGGCCAAUGCGGCGUAAGAAAGAAAGACGGCAAGACUUGCGGAGGGUGGUGCGACAAGCGCGUCAGUGAAGUAUGCGAGUACCACGUCCAGACUGCCAUCCAACACCGCCGAGCAGCUCGACCCGAGUUCACUGCUGGGACUGGAGGCAUGACAUCCAAACCCAUCGCGAAACGCAAAACCGAGUUUGACCCAGCGCGUCAAUGGGGUUUGCUACCCGAGAACAAACCGGACGGGGCCACCUACAUCGUUUCGGGGCAUAUCGUCGGCGGGGGCGACUCGAGGUCAAUGUUCGUAGGGGAGAAUAUGGGUCGGGAGGGCCAGGCAAAGGCGAAGAGGAAGAUGGCGAACGCCGAGGCUGAUAAGUUGUUGAAGCAGUUGGCGGAGAGGGAUAGGGAGGGGAUGGAGGCUGUUAUGGCUGCGAGGGCUGCGGCUUCUGGGAGUAGAGGGAAGGAUAAGGGGAAGGGGAAGGAUAAGGACGGGGAGGAGGGUGAGGAGAAGGGUGAGAAGCAGCGGAAACAGUACUCUGUGAGUAUUGUGAGGUCGUUGGGUUUCGAUCCUACUGUCAAAGCUGGUCAUCGGAGGAUAGAGACUGGUGGCGAGUCCAAGUUUGAAGAACUGCAAGCUCUUUCGGCUAAACGCAAGAUUGCGCUGGGUCGUGCGCCGAAGAAGGAAGUAGCGAAACCGAGUGCCCCGCCUGUUGAGGAGCGGACUGUGGAUUUGGAUGAGUCUGAUGGAGAGGAGGGCAUGAUUGAUUUAGAUGAUAUUUAA